CGGAAAUAUAUCACCCGGAAGUAGCUGCCCUGCCACAAUUCUGAAAAGUUAAAACCUACAUCGUAUUUAUAUCAUGUCUCUGGACAGGCCUCCCAUUCCUUUACCUGAUUUAUCGGGUCUGUCAGAGCAGGAACAACAGCAGGUUAUGAUCGUAAUGCAACGUGCUCAGGAUUUUGAGUCACAAGAAUCAGAAAAAAUGAGACAGCCCCUGGAGGGCCAACUGUCCAAGUAUACGAAUGUCAUGAAAGGAUGGCAAUACAGAUUUUUUGUCUUGGAUCCAAUGUCAGGACUUCUGGAGUACUUUGAGAAAGAAGAACACAAGAGACAGAGGCCCAGAGGUUCUGUGUACCUUGCUGGCUCUGUGAUUGCCCCCUCAGAUGAAGACUCCCAGACUUUCACAGUAAAUGCUGCUAAUGGAGAGAUAUUUAGGCUCAGAGCCUAUGAUGCAAAAGACAGACAGCAUUGGCUGAAUAGAUUGCGUUAUACAGCUGAGUACCAUACAAACACAAUCGCACAGAAUGCUCCUCCUCUAGUCCACAGGCCAGAUAGACCUGACAGACCGCCACCCCCAUCAUCUUUGAAAACUGACCAAUCAGGGAACAUUAACAAACCUACUGAGAAUCAACUCACAACAGUCCAAAGAUCCCAUCACAAGUCUACGUCAUCACUAGCAAGCAGAGGUGACUCCCACCGUGAGGUGAAGGAGGUCAUUCAUCAGGUCCAGUCGCAUGAGAAUCAUCUCUUUGAAAAGAUAGAUGAUCUCCCAGCUGGUGGAGAGUUCAUGAACAGGCUAGACAAGGACCUGCUACUGCUGAAGGCCACUUCCCAAGCCACAGUCAACUGCUUGGAGCAGUGUCUACAUAUUCUACAGCAACAGCAGUUGGCUCAGAACUCUGGCAUCCCUGCAGGUGCAACAGUGGAGUGGUUGGAACCAAGAAGUUCUCCAGGGCCGGGGGUACGAGGAAGUAAAAGUGCUAUCAAGGCGUCUCCCGCUGACAGCUUCACAUCUGCUUUAUCCACAGUUUCUCCUGAAGUUCCAGUCAACCAUGAUGAUGAUAUUGAGGAUGACGACAAUGAGAAAGAAUCUGAACUUGGUGGAGUAGAAGCUCACAAGAGUGUUAUUCUACAUCUUCUUUCACAGCUUAAACUCGGCAUGGACUUGACUAGGGUUGUUUUGCCCACAUUUAUAUUAGAAAAGAGGUCUUUGCUUGAGAUGUUUGCAGACUGUAUGGCUCACCCAGACCUUUUCAUGAAAACUACAGAUAUAUCCGACCCUGAGAGCAGGAUGUUGAAUGUUUUAGAGUGGUACCUUACAUCAUUCCAUGCUGGCAUCAUACAGGGAUCCGUUGCCAAAAAGCCAUACAAUCCAAUAAUAGGGGAGACAUUUCAUUGCUCGUGGCAGGUCCCAAAGCUUGAAAUGUCAAAUGGUGACACUUUGGAGGAGCCUCAGAUGUCAUCCAGGCUGAUAUAUAUAGCUGAACAAGUCUCACAUCACCCACCUGUAUCUGCCUUUUACUUUGAAUGUCCUGACAAAAAGAUAUGCAUGAAUGGUUCCAUAUGGACAAAGUCAAAGUUCAUGGGGAUGUCUAUAGGUGUCAGCAUGGUAGGAAAAGUUUCAAUUUAUCUCCAAGAAUAUGAUGAGGAAUAUAAGUUUUCACUGCCGAGUGCCUAUGCGCGGUCUAUACUGACAGUGCCAUGGGUAGAGCUGGGGGAUCGCAUUAACAUUACCUGUCAAAAAACAGGCUAUACAGCUGCUGUAACUUUCCAUACAAAGCCCUUUUAUGGAGGAAGGCUACAUGAGGUCAGUGCAGAGUUGAAGAAUUUAAAGUCUGGAGCUAUAGUUUGUCGAGCCAAAGGAGAAUGGAACGGCAAUCUGGAAUUCAAUUAUCUCAACACUGAUGAACAAAAGAUUAUUGAUACAACGAAGUUAAAAGUUUCUAAAAAAUGUGUACGACCAAUAAAUCUACAAGGUGAAUACGAGUCCAGGAAACUAUGGCAACACGUCACAAACUCAUUGAAGAUGGGAGAUGUCAACACAGCAACAGAACACAAACGAUUUCUAGAGGAUCGUCAAAGAGAAGGUGAGAAAUACAGGAGAGAGUCUUCAAUGCAAUAUCCAACCAAGUAUUUCCAUCUUGAAGGUGACUUAUGGACUUACAAUAAUUUACUACACAGGACCAGUUAAGGCAGAUUGUCAUCUUUAUAUGAAAUAUUGGAUCCAUAUAAGUGUAAAGGAGGACUUCCAUGAUAGAGUGAAAUUAUCGAUUUUGGGUUUGUUUUCUGUGAUGUCAGGAUGUUUGAACUUGGUUACUUUGGGGAUUUUUAUAACAUUGGCGCAAUUUUAUUGUUUUCCAUUCGCAAGAGAAAUGAUUUGGUAAUUUGGACAGAUUGAGUGUUACUGUGUCAAACAUUACGCUAUUUCCAAUGUAAGGAUUGCUGAAGAUUGAAGACACUGAACAAUGAAAUUCAUGAGCAGCUCAUGCAGCAUAAUGGAGUGAGUGAGAAAAGGACAUACAUGUUUUCAGGAUCUGACUGGUGAUUUGCCUUUCGGUGCACUCUGUAUCAAUAAGUCUCAUGUAACAUGCAUAGCAUUACAAAUUUUUAUUUAUUUAAUAACUAGACUCUUGAUAUUGAAUCUUCUAAAAUGUAAGAACAGAAUUAUUAAGAAUGAAUUGAUAUAUAAUUAGUUUGAUUAAAUGAGGUAUACAGAUAUGAAACUGAA